GGGGCCGGCGCUCCGGUCUACUUGGCUGCUGUCAUGGAGUACCUGACAGCGGAGAUCCUGGAGCUGGCAGGGAACGCAGCACGGGAUAACAAGAAGACGCGGAUCAUCCCCCGGCACCUCCAGCUCGCCGUCCGGAAUGACGAAGAGCUCAACAAGCUGCUGGGCGGCGUCACCAUUGCGCAGGGCGGUGUUUUGCCCAACAUCCAGGCCGUGCUGCUGCCCAAGAAGAGCGAGAGCCACAAGGCCAAGAGCAAGUGA